AGGAUGGCUACAGCUCCCCCGAGUUACUGUUUUGUGGCCUUCCCCCCUUGCUCUAAAGAGGGGCUGGUGGUGUUUGGGAAGAACUCUGCGCGGCCCAGGGAUGAGGUGCAGGAGGUUGUCUACUUUGCUGCUGCGGCUCAUGAUCCGGGAAGUAAAGUUGAGUGCACGUACAUUGAGAUCGAGCAGGCGCCGCGGACGCACGCCGUGGUGCUGAGCCGGCCCUCCUGGCUCUGGGGCGCCGAAAUGGGAGCUAACGAGCACGGAGUGUGUGUCGCUAACGAAGCCGUCGUGACCAGAGAGCCGGCUGCCGAAUCCGAAGCCCUGCUUGGAAUGGAUCUUGUCAGACUUGGCCUAGAAAGAGGUGCAACAGCUAAAGAAGCACUGGAUGUAAUUGUGGCUUUGCUGGAGGAGCAUGGACAAGGUGGAAAUUACUACGAAGAUGGGAAUUCAUGCCAUACUUUCCAAAGUGCAUUCCUGAUCGUGGACAGAAAAGAAGCCUGGAUAUUAGAGACUUCUGGGAAGUACUGGGCAGCAGAAAAAAUCACAGAGGGGGUGAAAUGCAUUUGCAAUCAGCUUUCAUUAACUACAAAAAUUGAUGCUGAGCAUCCUGAACUGAGGAAUUACGUGAGAAGUCAAGGCUGGUGGAACGGAGACACAGACUUCAAUUUUUCUGAAGUGUUCUCUCGGGCCGAUGACCAUGUAACCUGCUGCUCUGGCAGGGAGAGCCUAGAAAAACGAGGUGGUGACAUUUCUGCACAGACCAUGAUUGACGUGCUGCGUGACAAGGAGAGCGUGUCUGCGUGCCUCACCACAGCAAGCUUCGUGUCCGUGCUGCCGCAGGACCCCAGCUCUCCGGGUGUUCACUACUUCACUGGCACGCCGGACCCUUCACGGUCCAUAUUUAAACCCUUUAUUUUUGUCGAUGAUGUCAAAUUAGUACCAAAAGUGCAGUCUCCUUCUUUUGGUGACCAUGAUCCUGCUAAAAAAAUACCUCGAUUCCAGGAGAAGCCCGACCGCAGGCAUGAAUUGUACAAGGCCCAUGAGCGGGUCCGCUCUGUCCUGGAGAGUGACCAGGAUAAAGGCCAGAAUCUGAUGAGGAUUAUGUUAGAGCUUGAAAAACAAGGCUUGGAAGCGAUGGAAGAUAUUCUUACUCGUGCAGAGAUUCUGGAUGCUGCUGAAGUAGUGGAUCUUUUCUAUGACUGUGUUGACACAGAGCUUAAGUUCUUCAAAUGAACCACACUGGAUACUGUUAGCCUUUUCACAGGAAGACUGCAAAGUUCUUCAAACCUGAAAGAAAGUCUUCACGUUCGUGAACUUGCAGGAGAAAAAAAAAAACAUUUCUAGAGGGAAAAAAAGUUCCUUGAUAGCUGUAUCUGGUUAACAAAUUGCUUUUCUUUGUCCAAUUAUGUGAUGUUUCUGUUUGUGUGUGUGUAUAGUGAAAGGAGAAAGUCACUGACUGGUCCAAUUACUGUGUGCAUGCUGGCUAAUUUAGUACAGAAUGUCUAAAUAUGUAUGUUGGGCAACCAAUUAAAGCAAAGAUUAACUUCA